AUGGAGCUCGGGUUGUGGUUCCUCUUUGGACUUACUGUGACCUCCACCGCAGGAUUUUUGUCUCCCACUGUGCCUCGUCCGGAGGCAGGGGCAGCUGGAGGGGGCGGGGCCCCCAGGGUUCCUGAAGCUCGAGAAAGCGAUGGAGAAGAGAAUGAAGCAGUGGCAAUCGCGACAACCAGGGAGCUGAGCACGACUAGGUCCGGACAGGACAAGAGCGCAGGCCAGCCCAGAGACCCCAGGCAGGCAUCAGUGGGGCCAGGCGGGAGCCCCGGGCGCAAGAGAGAAAAGCGCUGCACUUGCUACACUUACAAAGACAAGGAGUGCGUGUACUAUUGUCACCUGGACAUCAUCUGGAUCAAUACGCCCGAGCGGACUGUACCAUAUGGGCUCUCCAAUUACAGAGGCAGUUUCCGAGGCAAGAGAUCUGCAGACCCAAUAAGCAGGAGCUUACCACCAUUUAAAGGGCCACUGAACAGAUGUUCUUGCACAGAGCAAGAUGAUGAUGCCUGCCUUCAUUUUUGCACCAGAACUGAGGACAACAGAAGUAAUUCAAGGACAGUAGAAAAACAUCAAGACAAAGAGAUGGAACAACCUCCUGAAAAGUGGCCUUGAUAGCACAAAUGCUGUAUCAGUAGAGUUGAAGGUAAGAAAAGAAGAAACAAGAAGACCC